GACUUCAUCAUGGCGGCCAGCAGGUUCGGUUCCGUUGAAGACGCUCCCCCGAUCGAAGUUUUUGCUCUUUCAGAGGCAUAUAAAAGUGAUCCGUUUGAGAAGAAAGUAUCUCUCGGUGUUGGAGCAUACAGAACCGACCAAGGCCAGCCAUGGGUGCUCCCUGUCGUUCGAGAAGCAGAGAAACAGAUGGCUGAAAAUGCCGCCCUGAACCAUGAAUACCUGCCGAUCACUGGCAACCCAGAUUUUGUGAAGGAGUCGUGUAAGCUUGUGUUGGGCGACGAUUCAACUGCAAUAGCAGAAGGACGGGCUGAUGGAGCCCAAGGUCUUGGAGGAACAGGGUGUAUCUAUGUAGGUGCUGCUUUCUUGAGGAAGUUACUAGGAUAUAACACUUGGUAUAUAUCCAGUCCGACCUGGGGAAACCACCGGGGCAUUGCCAAGAAUCUGAACUAUGAUGUGAAGGAGUACCGAUACUGGGACCCUCAGACCAGGACUCUGGAUAUCAAUGGUAUGGUAGAGGAUUUGAAGAAUGCCCCACCCAAUUCGGUGAUCGUGCUUCAUGCCUGCGCACACAAUCCAACUGGUGUGGAUGCCACUCCGGAUCAAUGGAAAAUGAUUGCUGAUGUUUGUGAGCAAAAGAACCUCUUCCCCUUCUUUGACAUUGCGUACCAAGGCUUCUCUACGGGGGAUCUUGAAAAGGAUGCAUAUUCUGUCCGCUAUUUUGUUGAACGAGGCUUCGAAUGUCUUGUUUCACAGUCAUUCUCAAAGAACUUUGGUUUAUACAAUGAGCGUGUUGGCAACCUGUGUUUUGUGACGAAGGAUGCAGCCAACAAAGAAGCGAUCAAAUCACAGCUGAAGAUGAUUAUCAGACAGACGUACUCCAACCCUCCUAACCAUGGUGGACGCAUCGUGGCAACGGUGCUGGGUAAUCCUGCCAUGAAGGCACAAUGGAAAAAUCAUGUCGGUGUGAUGGCUGGGCGUAUAAUUGAAAUGAGGAAGCAGUUGUUUGAAAGGUUGACCAAUUUAAAGACUCCAGGGGUGUGGGAGCACAUCAUCACACAGACUGGCAUGUUCAGUUACACAGGAUUAACAGUGCCACAAGUGGAGUACUUGAAAUCCAAAUACCACAUCUACAUGCUCAAGAGUGGCCGUAUAAACAUGUGUGGUCUGACCAGCGGGAAUAUAGAUUACGUCGCACACGCUUUUGAUGAUGCUGUUCGUAACCACUAAAUGAGCCAAUCGCCAGUAUACGAUGUCCUCAAUUGUUGAACGGUGUCAAAGAAACUUUAGAGACCUUACAACCCAAGUGCCAAAAAUCGGAAGCCUGUAAAUCUGAAGAGCUUCAAAACUUUGACCAGUGUACCACUCUUGUCAGAUUUUGAUGGCUUCUGUCAUGGGAAGGGCAAGAGGCAACUUGAAUUGUUGAAUAUUGCGAUCUAACAAAAUCUACUUAGAUUUAUUGAUGCAAAUUUGGUAUUGUGUUUAAUUCAAGUAUAAAAACUGUCCAAAGUCGGGGUAGGCUAGUAUUAUUAUUAUUUUGCAUAACUGAUAUUGGUUAGGGAAAUUUUAGGUGUAUUCUCCAGGAAAAUCUGAUGUGAUGAAAUCAUGAUAUUUGGUCUAAAACGAGAUUGACUACUGGACUUGUAGUUCCUGAGUUUAUAUUUACACAGCUUGUACUGGUUAGAGAUUCAAGGGGGCUUUAUGAGAUAAGGUCAUGGUUGAUAUACUGCACCAAACUGUCUUAGAUGGUUUGCCUCAACCAAUCAAAUGCUUGCCAUUCAAAUCUCCCAACAAUCACUUCAUGACUAAGACGAGAAUCUGGCACAAAUGUCAUUCUUAGAAAUUGCGCAUCACGUGACUUGUUAUGGGAGACAGACAAAGAAUGAAGUUAAAAACAUUUGCAUUAGAUGCACAGUAAUCAUGUUCAUUCACUGCGAAUGUAGAUAGAUUUAAUACCUGUAGCUUUAUAAGAUUCACCUUGGUUCUCUCUCUGUGUCAAUUCAAUGUGCUAACAUUAGAUCUUAUGUUGGGCUCCUUGUUCAGAUUUUACAUGUGGUAAAAACCAUAUUGUUAUUCUGAAUGGUUAUGAAAUCAUAUUGAAAUUCAUUAAAAACCAAUUUGAUGCUUUGUUAAUUUUGUCAAAUUAUGAAUCUGUAAAUUUUUUGUUAUAUUUACCUUUUAUUAUUGGAUUCAUGUAUGUAUCAAGUGUCGGAUCAUCAAAUUAUAGCUGACUGCCAGAUUAGAUUUAGGUUGGUCCUUUCAUUGAAAUCCUUGUUUAACAGCAGAAACAUGAUUGUGAGUGAAAUUGCCAUUGGUGACUGCGAAAUUCCACCACCAGAAGCAAACUGAUACUGGAGCCUUUCUUGUUUUUGUUCUGAGUUCCACUGGACAUGACAUUAAUAGAUACUGCAGUGUCCAGCAGGUGUAUAACCAACUCCUUGUAGAUAGCAGUACAUUGUCCAAGAUAAUGUGAUAUCUGUGUCAGAGUAAUGUAUUACGAGUUUAAUCUUGGUCCUAAACAACACCAACAUGGCCUUUCAAAUCACUGGAGACUUCGAAGACAGGCGUCUGAAGUCGCCCUUUUGGCUUAUUUAUUUGUAUAGAGGGUGGAGGUGGUUCUCCAGCAAAGUGAACAACAGCGGACUCCCGCUUUGUUGAAGACCAGGUUCAGCUCUUAAUCAUGACUCAGAAACUUGCAGUUGUACAGCUCUAUUAGGUGAUCAAGUGUUGAUUAAAAACCAGAUCGAACGCA